AUGAUUUCUUUUCGCGCCAGCUUAACGUGGCAUUUUAUGUUUGCGAGCCCCAUUUUUAUUCGCCAUUUAUGUUGUCAGGCCUGUAAGAUGGACUUCACCCCUUUGUUUUGGGGUCUGUGCGCCGUCUGCACCCUGCUCCACUACAGUGACCCCCUCCGGUACAGUGACCCUUAUGCCUAUUUCGGGUCGCCACCUUUGGGGGUCACUGUAUCGAUGUUUAUCUCUGUAGCUCUCCAAGGUAAAUAG